AUGGUCCCAUUUGGAAAAUGUGACAAGAGUAGACAAGCUGCUAUCUCUGCAAUCAAGCUCUUCUCAGAGUUCUCUCUGAAUCAUCACACAGGGUCAUACAUCACUGUGUUGGUUGGAAAGAGGGGCAGUGUCACAACAGCAGUGAGAGGAGCAGAGGAAGGACCAGACACAGACAAACUGGCCAGCAGAAGGGAUGACACCUCACUGCAAGGCACAGCAACUACCACCACAAUCACAAGAGAAGCAGGAGGAGGUGUGACAAUGAGAGUGAUGCUCCCGCGGCUCAUUGAUACUGCUGUCUCUGCCUUCAACCUGGCUUUCUUGACAGCUACAGAGGCCGCAGCUGCAUCAUGA